CAUCGUAGGGGUAUGGGAAGCAACUAUGGAAGCGUACGCUAUGCUAUCCAAGUGAUCAAGUACACACAGUCCGUUAGAAUCAGACGUUGUCUAAUCAGAGACGGGACUGAGGAACGUUUUCUUUGCAUUAUGUUUUGCUCCCCUGGCUUUUGUUGUUGA